AUGAUUGAGAUGCUCCUACAACUGUUACUACAUUCCUUCCUCUUCGUUAUCCUUCCCCUCUACCUCUUCUUCUUUUCUAGAUCUACACCUUCUUCCGCUCCUAAUUCAUCUAACAUUAACCUCCCAAGCGCAUACCCACUCAUUGGUUCCUACUUUGCUAUCAAAGCCAACCAAAACCGCCAAACCCAAUGGUUGGGCGAUAUUAUCCAAAUCUCACCCGCCGCCACCUUCACUCUUCACGGUCCAUUAGGCCACAAACACAUCAUUACCGGCAACCCCGCCACCGUAGAGCAUAUUCUCAAGACCCGUUUCUCCGUUUACCAGAAGGGAACCACCUUCAUUAACACCCUCUCCGAUUUCCUUGGCACCGGAAUAUUCAACGCCGACGGCGAAACCUGGAAGUUUCAGAGGCAAAUAGCCAUCCACGAAUUCACCUCCAAGUCACUACGCAAAUUCGUGGAACACGUCAUGGACGCCGAAUUCUUCAACCGCCUCGUCCCCAUCCUCGCUUCAGCGGCAACACAAAACAAAACUCUAGAUCUUCAAGACAUUCUUCAACGAUUCAUGUUCGACAACAUCUGCAAAAUCGCGUUUGGCGUCGACCCAGCAUACCUAACACCGUCCAUGGAACGGAGCAAAUUCGCACAAGCCUUCGAAGAAGCAUUGGAGAUCAGCGGCAAGCGGUUCCAUGAGCCAUUACCCAUAAUAUGGAAAAUGAAGAGGCUACUGAACAUAGGAUCGGAAAAGCGACUCCGAAGGGCAGUUUCAGAAGUUCACGAAUUCGCGAAGAAGAUAGUGAGAGAGAAGAAGCGUGUACUGAAGGAGAAGGUUUCGCUUGAAUCUGCAGACAUGCUUUCGAGGUUCUUGAUUUCGGGACACACCGACGAUAAUCUUGUGAAGGACGUUGUGAUAAACUUUAUACUCGCCGGCAAAGACUCAAUAUCGUUGGCGCUAACGUGGUUUUUCUGGUUACUGUGGAAGAACCCGCGCGUGGAGAACGAGGUUGUGAAGGAGAUAAAUGAGAAAUCUGAUGCUCUAGUGUACGAUGAAGUGAAGGAGAUGGUUUACACGCACGCAGCAUUGUGUGAGACUAUGAGGCUGUAUCCUCCUGUGCCGAUGGACACCAAGGAAGCACAAAACAAUGACAUUUUGCCGGAUGGAACAGUAGUUAAAAAGGGGAUGAUGGUGACAUAUCACGUGUAUGGGAUGGGGAGAAUGAAAAGUAUUUGGGGUAGUGACUGGACAGAGUUUAAGCCUGAGAGGUGGUUGGAGAAGGUUGAAUCAGGGAGGUGGAGAUUUGUGUCAAGAGAUUCGUAUACUUAUCCGGUGUUUAAUGCGGGCCCUAGAAUUUGUUUGGGAAAAGAAAUGGCUUUUAUGCAAAUGAAAAGAUUGGUGGGUGGAAUUCUGAGGCGGUUCAAGGUGGUUCCGGUGAAAGAAGAGGUGGAACCCAACUUCGUUUCCUUCUUAACUUCCCAGGUGGAAGGUGGAUUGCCCGUCAAGAUGCUACAAAGGGUUCAUUCAAAUUAA